UUCUAAAAAAUAAAAAUUUGUUGCGAAGCGUUGUUGUCUUCUCGAAAUGCCCAUGUAGCGAUAACAUGUUUGACUGAAAACGUAUAGAAUAGAUCAUGGGCACGACGACUAUAGAUGGGGAAUUUAUAUACAGUCUGAAAAAAAUAAGGAAGAAAUAUUUGUGGAGAAAUAAUUAGUAUUACUAUAUGUGAAUAACAAUAGGAGAAGAGAAUGAUGAUGGAGAAGAGCAGAGGAGUAUUUGUUGGUGAGAGAAGGAUAAAGCACAAAUAGGGGUGGUAUUUGAAACUAGUGUCUUGCAAAUUAAUUUUGGCUGUUUUUAGUUAGAGAGAGAAAGGGAAGAGAUAUGUGAUUUAUUGACACAAUUUCAUCCUAUGCAUUUGGGUUUCAUUCUCGUUUCCCCCUCUAUUUCUUUGCAUUUGGGUUUCAUUCUCUCUCUGAUGUCCUUUUCUCUCUCUAAAUUCUAUGGAAUUCCUCCGGAGAGGCUAAGCUUAGAUGAUCCUGUUCUAAGCAGUAUAGAUGAGUUUGGCAGGAACAGAAAGCUCAGAGGAGGGGGCAGGCCUUCUAGAGCCUCCUGAUCCCAAUAUUGUUGAAAUCGAUCCUACUAAUCGCUACACUAGGUAUAAAGAGGUUAUCGGCCAAGGAGCUUUCAAGACUGUUUACAAGGCAUUUGAUGAAAUUAAUGGACUUGAAGUUGCAUGGAGCCAAAUUCAUAUUGAUGAGGUAUUACAGUCACCUGGUGGCCCAGAUAGGCUGUACUCAGAAGUGCAUCUCUUGAAGUCAGUUAAGCACGAUAACAUCUUGACUUUCCAUAAUUCUUGGAUUGAUGAUAAGCACAGGACUAUGAACUUGAUUACUGAGUUAUUCACCUCAGGGAACCUCAGACAGUACAGCAAGAAACACAGGAAGGUUGACAUGAAGGCUGUUAAAGGAUGGGCAAGGCAAAUUUUAAACGGUUUAAAUUAUCUUCACAGUCACAACCCACCUAUUAUGCAUAGGGACCUGAAGUGCGAUAAUAUAUUCAUCAAUGGUCACCGAGGAGAAGUUAAAAUUGGAGAUCUAGGGUUGGCAACUCUAAUAAAACAAACUAAUGCCAGGAGUGUAAUUGGAACCCCGGAGUUCAUGGCACCUGAACUGUAUGAUGAACAUUAUAAUGAAUUAGUGGACAUAUAUUCUUUUGGGAUGUGCAUGCUUGAGUUGGUUACGUCUGAAUAUCCUUACAGUGAAUGUAGAAACUCAGCUCAGAUAUACAAGAAAGUUUCAUCUGGUAUUAAGCCUGUUGCUCUUUCCAAACUCAAAAAUCAAGAAGUAAAAGCAUUUAUUGAGAAAUGUCUUGUCCCAGCGUCUCAAAGACUGACAGCAAAGGAGCUUUUGAUGGACAAUUUUCUGCAAGUGACUGGUUCAUUGAAGAAUCGUCGUCUACCAUUACCUGAUAUCGUUCUCCCUAAAUAUGGAGCCUAUGAAAAUCGUUGUCUUAUGUCAGAAGGUCCUGCUAGCACGCGUAUUAGAUCCAUUUCAAUGGAUCUAGGUGAUGCCACCGAGCAAUCACUCACCACUUUACUUUAUAAUUCUGUUGAUUCUCCUGAUGAUGUUUUGCCUUCUCCAUGUGUUGAGAUAAGAAGGUUAAAGGAAGGUGACAUUUUUUUUCUAAAAGGUGAACAGAAUGAUCAAAAGUCUGUGUCAUUAGUUCUCCGCAUAGCUGAUCAAAGUGGGCGGGCAAGAAAUAUCCAUUUCAUAUUCUACAUCAACAGUGAUACUGCCAUUUCAGUUUCAAGUGAAAUGGUUGAGCAACUUGAACUGGCUGAGCACAAUGUUAAAUUCAUAGCAGAGUUGAUCGAUCUAUUAUUGACCACGUUGCUUCCUGAUUGGAAACCUUGUGUACCAAUUGAUCAUUUAGUUGCUUGUAAUAGUAAAUCAUCUCAUCCAAGUCAACAAACACGAAGCUCAAGAGAUUCCAUCCAAAUUGUGUCUGGAGGUGGUCCAGGUCUCCCAAUCUCACGUAGAAGAUCAACAGAGAAGGAGAACAAAGAUAAUGUCAUUUCUGACAAGGUUUUAUCAAAUACAAGCAUUAGUCUUCAAGGAGAUGCAAAGAUAGACGACUCUUGUUCUGAGACGUCACAAACUGGUGCAACAAUUGACUUCAACGAAAAGCAUUUUUCUACAGUUUCAUUCAUGUCUGCUAAAUCAGGAUUUACAGACUUUGACUUGCACAGGGUUAGUAGUCAAACCUCACUUGUAUCUGAAUUCGAGGCUUCGUCUGAAUAUAGGAAUUUUCCACGUGUGGAAAGCUAUGGUACCAUGAAAUUCUUUAAUUACCCCAUGAAUGCUCCCCCCUCCUUCAAUGAAGCUGAAGAUGAGUUGAGAAUAGAGUUAGAGAUGAUUGAACAACAAUAUCAAGAAGCAAUUAGAGAUUUAUCAAAAAGAAGAUAUCAGGCCAUCACUGAGGCUAGGAGGAGGGUAUCACAGAAAUUUCCAAACUUUAAAUAAUUACUUUCACUUUUCUAACAUGUAGUAAUUACUAUUAGUGUGUUCUCCUUUAUCAAUAUCCUUGUAAGUAACCAUUGUAAGUAAUGGGAUAUGAUGAAAAAGGGUUCUCUUAUUAGUCAUUGUAGCAUGGAAUUUUCAUUGAAAAUAUCUAUUAAAAACGAAUUU